AUGGACUCGCUCCUGCAGUUUGCGGCGGCGGUGGAGGGUCAGGCAGAGCUGGAGAGGGAUGAGAAGCCGACGGAGGAGCAGAAGCAGAUCGCAGAGGAGAUCAACACCCUCCAGAUUGAGCUGCACAACCUGCGGAAAGAAUUCAAGAAGCCUCAUGAACAUGAGGGCAGCGAUGCGUGGAGUUGCUUUCUUUACGAACUGGUAGAAGAGGACUCUGACAACAUGACCCUGGAAGCUCUUGCAUCCAUGGUUCAGGCAGAGGACGAAAACAAUGCAGAGAUGAUACAGAUAUCCAAGAAUUUCUUCAAAUAUGAAGCUGCAUUGAGGAUUCAAAGAAUCUACCGCGGACACGUUGGGCGGCGGAUAUUCAACGUUUCAAGAGAACUUUGGCGGUCCAAGAUUCUCCCAUCAGCUGCUCUCAUGAUACAGAAGAAUUGGAGAAGGAUGAAAGAGAGUCGGACAGUUGAAGUACUCAAACUCAAGCAGAACGUGGAGUUCCUUGAGGCUGCAGCUUCACAGAUCCAAAGAAUGCAACGUGGAAUGAUUGCAAGAAAGCAGACAAAAGCGAUGCUAGACAAAGUGCAUCAAGACUCAACAGAAUUCUUCCGGACCCAGUAA